AUGUAUAAGCCGGAUGAAGAAAAAACCUCAUUCAUCACACCCAGAGCGAACUAUUACUAUGUGGUCAUGCCUUUUGGAUUAAAAAAUGCUGGAGCCACAUACCAAAGAUUGAUGAAUAAGGUGUUCGCUCCCCACCUCGGGAACUUACUGGAGGUCUACGUGGACGACAUACUGGUAAAAACCAAGGAGAAUAUCGACCUCUUGACAGAUCUCUCGCAAGUCUUCAACACCGUAAGGUCACUUGGGAUGAGACUAAAUCCUACAAAAUGUACCUUUGCGGUGGAGGCUAGAAAAUUUCUAGGAUUCAUGCUAACACAAAGGGGGAUCGAAGCAAAUCCCGACAAGUGCAAAGCUAUUCUAGAAAUGAAAAGCCCGACUUGUCUAAGAAAGAUUCAACAAUUGAACGGCCGACUUGCUGCCCUCUCCAGGUUCCUGGCGGGAUCAGCACUGAGAUCCCUUCCACUGUUCUCUCUACUAAGAAAAGGAUGCCAGUUCGAACGGACUCCGGAAUGCGAAGAAGCAUUCCAGGAGUUCAAAAGGUUUUUGAGCCAACCUCUGAUUCUGACCCGACCCAUAGUCGGGGAAGAACUCGUCCUGUAUCUGUCCGUAGCAGACAAAGCUGUAGCAUCAGCUCUAAUACGGGAAGAUGAGGUCGGGCAUCAUCCUGUGUACUUCACCAACAAAGUUCUACAAGAACCUGAAUUAAAGUAUCAAAAACUUGAAAAACUGACGAGCAGUAGCGGUAGGUCCGCCAACGCUGGAAGCGUGACCGCCGCUAGUAGCCAAGAUUGGGCCGCCAUUAAGAUUCAAUCCGCCUUCCGAGGAUGUUUGGCAAGGAGAGCAUUACGGGCACUGAAAGGAUUAGUUAAGCUUCAAGCACUUGUGAGAGGCCACAUCGAAAGAAAGCGAACAGCACAACAGAUGAAAAAAUGGCAAGCACUUUUAAGAGCACAAGCUAGAGUCUGUGCUCGCAGAGUUCAUAUCCUUCAAGCCCCAAAUUCCACUUCUAAGUCACCUUCCUGCCACCUUCAUGGGCCAGCAACACCAGACAAGUUUGAAAGCCCAAUCAGAUCUAAGAGCAUGAAAGAUGAGCACUCACCAUUGCUUAAGAGAAAUGGCUCCAAAUCAUGCCUCCAGCAGGUCCAUGGUAGUAGCGGGCAAGAGAAAUGUAGGAACAAAUCAGAAAGGCACAUAGAUGAACUAACAUGGAACCAAGAAAAAUCAUCAAUGAGAACCUCUAGCACCACCAAUGGUGACAAAAGUGACAAGAACCCUGAAAUUGAUUCCAGAAGAUCACAAGCCACGUCAUCAUCAAGACGUAGGAACCUCUUUUCCACCACCAACAACCAUGUCUUAGUUUCUGAUCAGCAUUGCAUUAGUAGCAAGAGUUACACCACAAGCAACCACAACAACAACAACAAGGAAUCAUCAUCAGUGAUAUCUCUUCAAUCAGGCCCAAGCCCAUCUUGUGAGGUCCAGUCUCAGAGCCCAAUGAAGCCCAAUUGGGUUGAGGAGAGCCCAUUCUGUACAGCUGAAAACAGCCCCCAAUACCUAUCAGCAUCUUCCAAAGAUAAUGUACCCAAAAGAAGCCCUUUUGGUGGGUCAAGGAGUUAUAUUUGUGACUAUUCUGAUUACCCAAGUUACAUGGCAUGCACUGAAUCUUCAAAGGCAAAAGUGAGGUCUCUUAGUGCCCCAAAACAAAGGCCCAACCAAUGUGAUAGGUCUAGUUCAUCUACUAGGUACUCACUCAAUGGAUUGGGUUGUCAGAGGCCCAAUUAUGCUUUGCAAGGAUGCUUCACCAACAAGGGUUAUCCAGGUUCUGGUCGUUUGGACAAGCUUGGAAUGCCUGUGGGAUAUAGAUUCUAAUCUAUUCUUUAGUUAUAUGGGGUUAUGUUAAGACUAGGGUUUUAAUUUAUGACCUUAUUAAAUUAACAUGUGAUCUUCCUAACCACCCUUUACUUGUUGGGCCUUAAGAAACUUAACCCUCUUCUUCAUUGAGGUUUAAUUAAUUGUGCAUUGGAAAUCUGAAAUACUUUUAGGAAGUAACGGUUAAGUGAUUAGAAUGAGUGUAGGACUUCUGUAAGUGUGAGUUCUUUCCAUUUCCUAGAAUCUAAUAGGCUAAUAUCUAUGUUUUGG